AUGAUCGUACGUAGCACCCGCAACCACGACGCGCAGCGCGAGGAAGAGGAGUCGGGGUCCAGGGAGGCGAAUGUCUACUGGCAGGAGGUCAAUUUAGGUCCCAAAAUAUCUAUCACCGAGUUGGAUCCAUGGGGGGAGGAGGAAGAAGAAGUUUGGUCUGUGGAAGGUGGGCACACUGAUGGGGGGGGGACAAACAUGAUACUGGUGAACGAGGCGAAGUCGCUUAGUUCAAUGGGGUGGAAGAAAAACCCACUGAAGGAGAUGGAGAUCCCCUUUGGAAAAGAAAAGAAUGAUGAGAAAAAUAAGAAAGCCGAAAUGGAAAGCAAGAAGACGUGUGCAGGUUGGAAAAGAAACGGGUUUGGUACUUCGAAUGGUACACUCCUGGUGAGCACUCAUGGGGAUUACCGUAUGAACGCCCGUCUUGGCAUCCAACACAGGGUGAAGAAGAAAAACGAACUUGGAAAGAACUCAGUCGAUACACUCAACGUGAGAGAAACCAUCACACCAGGUACACAUAACUGGAAAGGACCCCUCCUGAGCGAAUUAAAAAGCGCCUGCAAAAUGAUGACCAUAAAAAAAUGCAACAAAACGAUAAAGUCUCAGAUCAGAGUUAAAGAAUGCGUGAAGUAUACAAAAAAUUGUAAAGCGUCCUUUGGGAAAAGAACGACCAGUAGAAUGGGAACUCCUCACCCCUUCCAUUGUGAUCCUCUAAAGGGUGAGACAAAAUGGAAGAAAAGCGAACAGGGGUCUAUCUCACAAAGUGUGCAUAGAAGGACUCCCACAGGGGGGAGAAUCAAAAGUGUCCCCAAGGUAAAACCCCAAAGGAGGAGAAGUGUGAAAAGCGCCACGAAUAAACGGAUAGAGCCUACCAAAAUUAAACACGUGGUGAAGAAGCCACCGAGGAGGAUGAACCACGUGGCGGGGAAGGGUGAGCAGAGGGGUGAAGUUUCCCAAAGGAUGGGGAGUGCCAAUCUUAGAAGAAACAUUACGGGGGGUGAGAAGAUGCACUUAAAAAGGAGAAGCUGUAGGAAGAGUGGUCCUCUAUCUGGGAGAGCAUGUUCUAUAAGGAUGGGAAGCACGAGAGGGGGUGAGACCUCCCCCAACUAUCCCAGAAGGGGUAAAACGAAAAUGAAAGAAAUAGGUAGGAAACAAGUUAAAGAGAACCCCAAAGAAAAAUCGAACGGCGAAAGGGGCAAAAGGGAAAACCACUCGAGCACCACCGUGAGAAGCCGCAUAGACGACAAGCGCCAGGAACUUUUCCGCAGUUUUAGACAAAGACUCUCGGCGGGAAGUGCCCUCAAGCAAUUGGGGGGGAUCCCCAAAGGGGGAAAAAUUCCAAGAGAGUUGGAGCGUGAGAUGAGAUGGGGCGUUAUGAACACGCACGUCUACACUUAUGUGGGUAGCCCAUCGGGGGAGUACGGUUGGGAUGCACCUAAAAAUCCGCAGGAAUGUGAGAAGGACAGUUCGUUGCUGCACCAACCCCUUUCAAGCAACACAUAUGAAGUUAACGCACCAUGUGCCUAUGACCACGUUACGCACUGCGGGAAGGGAAGGGAAAGAAGCAAUUUAAAGAUCAACACGUGGAGCAGUGACGAAAUAAUGAGGGGGACGGUCCCAUCUUCAUCUGGUAGUUCCAUCAGGUGGAUCUCCUCUCGGGUGAAUGAACCCGUAAUGAGCGGAAAGAGAAGGUCACACAGCUUGAAUGAAAAACGGGAAAGUAGUUCCGUGAACCCCCUCAUACUUACGAACGACCUACGCAUUAAAAUAUGCUACAGUAACAACUACGUAGAUUUAAGAAGAAUGGGAGGGUUCUCCCCCCAUGAGAGGGUUGCUCCUGUUACUCCUGGUGCAGUGGAAGAAGAGUCGUCUAAACAUGUGACAGGAAAGGUGUCCAAAUACGUGGCCGAAGCGGAGCCACACGUAAAUUAUUCAGUACUGUCCUGUCAUAGUGAAGACCACCUCCUAAACGUAAGUGAUGAUCUGUUCCUCAUUUCGCAAGACUCGGAAAAGAUGAAAAUGAAUGGCUACCUGGAGGGAGUAAAUUCGAAGGAAACUUUUGACGCAGAGCAGGGAUGUACCUCCAAUGGGCGGGGCGGACAGAUGACAGAAAGCCACACAUGUAUGGAAGGUAAUCUGGUACAUACGUCUCAUUUUGUAAAGGCAGACAAAGGGAAGGGAACUCAUCCGAUAGGAAAGGUAGAGGAAGAUGUUUUUCCUGUAGGAGAUCUGGUUCAUGAUGGGGAGGAGGCACAUACAUUAGAAGGCAAUAACCAUAUCAACAACGAACAUACAAAUGAGCAGUCUACCGGGUGGUGCACCCCCCAAUUGGGGCAACAAGAAAUGGGGAACACUUCACAGAAAAACAGCGUAUCCAUCUCGAAGGGGAUUGACUUCCCCAUGGGUGAUGAAAUGCUAAAAAGGGACAGACACCAAAUGGGUAGUAGCAUUAAAAUGGAAAACAAUUCCUUGUGGGGAAGUGCACACAUUGUUGAACAAAAUAGACGGAGCGAUGAUGGGGGGGAGAGACAAAUGGACAGAAACACAAAUGACGCACAGACAAGUAACAACAAUAGGGAAAGUUUAAUUGAAUCCUUUUUAGACCACGAGGAGGGGAAUCUUUAUAUACACCCCUUUAACCUGGACAAUGGAAGCAACUCCACUUCAGCAUCCCUUUGGGAGUGUCCUCCUAGAAAGUUCGUACAAAGUUCCAACUUUAACUGUUUGGUGAGCGAGGAAAAGCAGUUCGAAAACAUGAUGCAGGUGGUGGAAAAACUGAGUCAGGUUUCAGUAGUACCCUGCGUUGAACCGAGAAAGAGGAUUAACAAUAGGUUUCAUAGAAACGCCAGCGUUGGAAUAAACGGGAAGGAAGCCUCUCUCAAAUUGGUAGGAACAACAUCAGGGAAGUUAAAAAAAAACUUCCAAGUGAAUCAUACUUGUGGUGGAAUGUCCACGAAAAGGGAGGAAAGAGACAACAACCGUUUUGAACAGAACCCUAAACCAAGGAACAACAUCCCAUUUGAAGCGGAACGGAGAGACAAAACUGUGAGGAAGAAAGGCAGUGGUGGUCCGCGCCCACGUCAACGUCUUCACACAGGGGGUCCUAUCAACGGCUUAGGUGUGAAGCACCCUACUGCAAAAAGGAUUGGAACAAAGUCGACCGACGCGAUCCACAAGGACAACGCUGGAGAGAGUCCCCUUCCGGGAAGGAAGAGAGAAAAAAAAAGAAAAAAAAAAAAAAAACGAAAAGAAGAAGAAAAGGAAAAGGAAAAAAAAAAGAUAGUAAAGAAAAAAACCAUUUCAGGACAGAAGAAACGUAGCCAAUCAGUGAAACCGCCUCAACAUUGCGAGAAAAUUGUUUCCACCAAAAAUCAGGGGAAGAAUAAAAAGGAGAACACACACCCAGUAGACGCUUCCACAGUAGAAACGGACGGAACCAGUAGAAAGGUUACUCCUCAUGUGGGUAAUGACACCAAAGAGGAAGUAUAUCAGCGUGAAAGAGAAAAGACGAAGGGAAGAAACCCACCCAGAGGGAGUGGUCCCUCAUCAAAGAGCUCCUCCUUAGCGAAUCACAAUUACGACUUAACGUGGAUUGAAAAAGACAAGAAAAAAAAGGUGAAGAGAAAUAGUUGCCAAAUAUACCAUGAUAAGGGGAACAUAAAAGAUGAGGAAAAAAAAACAAAAGUCCCUUCAUACGCUGUGUUGCAAAUGCUCAUUAGGAAGAAAACAAAAAAGGGACUUACAGACACCGAUAGGGGGAGAAAAACUGUGAACAGGUUAACGUGUAAUCUGAACAAGUGGGACGUCCUGAGGAAUGUGAGACAAGAAUGUGUGUUCUCUCCCGAAAGAAGCAGUGCCAAUUUUAAGGUCCGAAGCGGCUGCAGUGUCGCACUUUGUGGGGCUGCCCCGGGGGGAAGAACCAAAAAAAGGGGGAAAACCCAGAAAGGCGCUAAAGGGGUUAAAAAUGUUAAAGGGGUUAAAUGGGAUAAAUGCGUUAGCAGUGGGAAAAGAAGCGCUCUGCGGAAGGUGGAGAAAGAAAGGGGAGAUAGGAUGAAAGACGAGAUCCUUCUUGAAAGACAGGACUUCUUUGAAUAUUUGGAUGAGGAGAUCGACUGGUGGGAAGAUGCCCCCAACAGGGAGAAGCAGAUCAGGGAUGACAAGGAAUCUGACAACGCAAAGAGAGUCGAGACAAAUAAUCAAUCCAGGACGACCUCUCCCAGGGAUAGCCACCAAGAGGGAGGAACUCCCAAAACGGAUUCAGCACCUGGAGGAGAAGACCCCCCUGACAGGCCCAUCACGAAAGGGUUAGAAACCUCCCCCCUAAGUGAAAUACACACAAAGAUGAGUACAAAAAGGAAUAUCAAAAAGGGAGAGAAAAGAGGUCCCUGUGAUGAAGCAAUGAAAGAUGGAAGAAGAGGAACGGUCAUCUCAGUUCCCCCCCCUCGUAGUGUACUCCUCGCAGAAUUUAUGCAAAGAAGCAACGUUCCUGAUAGUACCCGUUGUUUAGGGGAAGGCAGACAAGAGGUAUCUCCGCUGGAGGAGCUUAUUCAGAAAGGAAGGUUCCAUAUCGAGGGGGAAAAGGAGAGAAGCAUAAGGGGGUGUGCAGAUAGGGGGGAAUGGAAAGACGAACCAAGUGAAAGAACUAGCAUAGGGAUCGAACCAGAAAGGGUACACACAGUGAAUAGCGGACGGAGUGAUAAAAUCAAAUGGGCGGAGGAUCCAUCAGCAGCAGACUCACUCGAUGUAGACGAUGUAAACAAUGUAGAGAGGUUUCAUCAGACGUAUUAUGAGGACAAAUUGGAAUUCCCCUUAGGGGGGUUAAGCAGUGAUCGACGGGGGAGGUGGGACUCGGCCCUGGAACAAACCACGGGGGGAGUGCCCAAGGAUUACGUUGAAAGUGGAAGAAGCCGACAAAAAGGAAAUGAUCCCAAUUGUGGAAAAUUUUCCUUCUCACUCGAUUUGGAGAAAUACGUGGCAGAUCACCGGAUAAAUCGGAUCAGUUUGAAAAGGAGCCUCUUUGGUGGUAACCAGGAGGGGGAGCACACAUCGCAGUACACAUCGGGGUGUGAUACUGAUGGAACUGAAUGCGACGGUGCACUAGGAAGUGAUCACAUGGGAGAGGUCCUUGCGGAAACCCCCCCCACACGAACAGUUGAACAGAAUGAAGGUAGUAACGCUCCCCCUCAGAGGAAAAGACAAAUUACCUGGAGCACGGAAGAAAACAACAACAGAAAUGUGAAGUCGCUUUUUUUUAAAUGCAACGAAAGAGAGGGGAUGAAUGUCAGGGAAAGAAAAAGUGUCACUAAUGAAGUGAAGCAAGACGUACCUCACUUUAAUGGGAAAAAAGGUGCACACCCAGAUGAGGAAGAAGGAAAAGGUUAUUGGAGUUCCCCAUUUGGGAGGGCCACCACAGAUCAGAACUGCUCAUCCUUACGCGUCAGUGAAGGAGGGAUCGAACUUGGGUCAAUCGUAGAAGAUUUCUUCCUUAGCAAAAUUAAAGGAAAAAAGAAAAAAAAGAAGAAAAAAAAAAACUACCUCUUCAGAGCACUCUCCGUGAAUGACAUAUAUGGAAGUUUCUUUCCGAAGAGCAGAGGAUGUGCUAGCUUUGGUGAGAAAGGAGAUGGUUGUAAAGGAAAACAUAACCUUGGUGGUGGUAGUUCAUAUCCACACCUGUUGGAUAGGACGAAAAGUUUGGUUUUUCCACCGGGAAGAAGUGACUGCGGUGGGGGGACACUCACUCAGGGAGUUGCCAUUCCCAAUGGGGGCAGAAGCGUCAUCACCAAAAUGACACACCAUCCUAGCAUAUUGGAUGAAGGAAGCUUAUUUAAAAAAAAAAAAAACCCAAGUGGUUCCUCUAGACCAUCAGUACUACUUCCUAUGAGGGGCGUAGUUGUUCAGCCAAGUAGAGUAAAUAUUUUCAGGAGGUCCAAAAGUUGUUCCAUACUUAAGGGGAAUGCCUUGGAACGAGAUUGUGCGUGUGACGCGGCGAUGGGGAAGUCGGUUGGAAAAUCGGUUUGGACAGGUACCAUGACGGCUAGCAGAACGCCAGUCGGAGAGUCCACCAACACCGGUACAGCUGUGAAGCGUAGUUCGCUGACCUGUGGAAAGAUCCCCGGGAAAAGCCACGCCAUUCAUAAGAGUGUAGAGAAAAGUGUGCAGACCCAGACGAGUGGCUUCUUGUGGAGUCCCUGUUUUCUGUUUGAGAGUGCCGUCAAGGAGUGA